AAUAAGAUGUGAUAAAACACUUUUUAAAUAACAUUCUUUUUUUCUUUUGCUCACUUAUGUGUUUUAUUUAGCUACUCGUGCAUACAUUAAGCUUCUUUAGCUGAUGUCUCUAUACCGGUCCAUAUUCGCCAUUCACCGAGAUUCUCAUUAAUCGAUAAUUCUGAUUACACAUAAAUGAAAAAAAAAAUUGAUUAUACAUAUUAACCUUGUAUUAAAUAUGAUGUUUAGUCCACAUAAUGUUUUCUUUAUUUGUCAGACUGGAAGCUCAAUUUUCUCGUCGUUUGGUUACUGUCCAUCGCGUCCAUCUUACAAUCUUUCGGUCGAUACACGAGAUCAGCUCUCGUGGUACCGGUAGGCUGCGUCACGGUAAGCACCGCCCAACGGGGUUACGAGGGGUACGAGGGAGCCCCAAUGUCGUGUCUGCGUCGCGGCGCACGCGUCUUGUAGUGAAUCCGCGCGCAUUCGGGGAUUGCAACGGGGGCGGUUAUCCCCGGGGGUAUAUUCGGCAAAAUUUCCGAAAAUGCGCUAUCAGAGCCAGCAGAGGAUUCUCAGAAGAACGGGAAACUCGGACCCCGUAACGUCGCAGGACGUUAUCCAAGUGUCAUCGCGUGCGGUAACCCCCUUCUUUUUUUAAAUUUUUUUUCAUCCUCUGCGAGAGUGAGUGAAUUAAGCACGCUGGUGGUUCGCUCGUCACUGAAGAGGAAGCGGGAUAUGAGCUACACCGAACCGCUGUGGGAGAUUAAUGGAAAUCAAACACCAGUAAUCGCGGCGGAGAUGUCGCAGUACGUUGGUGGUGAGAUCGCUAGCUAUCCAAUGUGGGACAGUUCCGUUUUGUACCAGACACAGCCGCCUGCUCAUCCGCACGUGAACGAGCACGGAUUGUACAGACAACCCUGCGCGUUGUUGCACCAGAGUCGUUACACGCCAAACGGUCGUUCACCGAACUUGCCAUCGUCAACGACGAAAAAACCGAGACGUCGAGUGGCAACGGUAUCUCAAAGGAGAGCCGCCAAUAUCCGAGAGAGACGCAGGAUGUUCAAUCUGAAUGAGGCCUUCGAUAAACUCCGCAGGAAAGUACCAACGUUUGCCUACGAGAAACGGCUCUCGAGAAUUGAAACGCUGCGUCUGGCGAUCACAUACAUCGCCUUCAUGGGAGAGUUACUCGGUAUCGAGCCAAGUAGUCCGAAAACGGAGUACAUACCACGAGAAUACUACUUGCCGAACUGAACUCUUUUCUCUUUUUCGAUUAAUAAGCGCUCACGCGCCGAUGCGAGCUGAUAUCCUAUCGAUGGAAAACUUCUAGUCGGCGAGAAACCAGUCUUCCAUUAUUAAUUAGUAUUAUAGCAUUAAGUCUCGAAGUGUAAUUUAACGUCCGUAUGUGACUCAUUAUACGAUCUUCGACAAUAUUAGCCGAUUUUUGUUUCAAUCCAUUAAUUUUUUCGAUACUACUACUUUUCGAGUUGUUCAGAAACUAGUAUGAAAGAAAUGUAAA